GAGCCAUGACGUCACUUCCGGAAAACAUUCAACAUGGACGGCAGCAGUUUAAGGCUAAAUCUUUGGGAGAAUGGACCAAAACCGGGCCAGUUUUAUUCCUUCCCUGGCAGCAGCAGCAUUGGACCGGGCGCAGGAUGUGGUCCCGUUCGACACACAUUGACCCCCAUGGUUACUGGAACGUCAGUUUUAGGACUGAAGUUCAAAGGUGGUGUAAUCCUGGCUGCUGACAUGCUGGGGUCGUAUGGGUCAUUGGCAAGAUUCCGCAACAUUUCCCGCCUCAUGAAGGUGAACAACAGCACCAUCCUGGGCGCUUCAGGAGACUACGCCGACUACCAGCACCUCAAGCAUAUCAUUGAGCAGAUGGUCAUUGACGAGGAGCUGCUGGGGGACGGUCACAGCUACAGUCCCAAGGCGGUCCACUCCUGGCUCACCAGAGUCAUGUACAACCGCCGCAGCAAGAUGAACCCUUUGUGGAACACUGUGGUCAUCGGCGGCUUCUACAACGGGGAGAGUUUCCUUGGUUUCGUGGACAAGCUGGGCGUGGCCUACGAGGCCCCCAUGGUGGCAACUGGCUUUGGUGCCUACUUGGCUCAGCCUCUAAUGAGGGAGGCGAUUGAGAACAAGGGCGAGCUGAGCAAACAGGAAGCACGGGAGCUGGUGGAGCGCUGCCUCAAAGUGCUCUACUACAGAGAUGCUCGCUCCUACAACAAGUAUGAAAUUGCCAUAGUAACAGAGGAGGGUGUCGAGAUCAUUGGACCGUUGUCUUCUGAAACCAACUGGGACAUUGCUCACAUGGUCAGUGGCUUUGAAUGAACACAAGGGGGAGGCAGACGUCAAGUUUCUCAUGCUACUGUUUUGUCUCAGAGAAAGAUUCUUGUCACUUUUGUAUUGUUGAAAAUAAAUGUGUGAAAUGAAA